CAAAUAUAAAACCGUUGACCGUGCGAGGACUUAGGAGAUGAGCAUCAAGCUUCUUAAGAAUUCUUUUCCAUGCUCAAAUUACCAAUAGGGACCACACAUAACCGAGCCCUAAGCUCUAUUUCACGUUUCACUAUCUUUUCAAGAAAAUAUCCAUUUCAUCGUCAAUUUUCUGCCUCGACCGCCACCAUGGGCCUCUCAGACUCGGUUAAAAAGGACCACAGGGAGUUGGAGGAUUAUUAUAACCAAAUCAUCAAUGCCACUGACGACGAUACUAAAAUUCGGUAUCGGAAUCAAUUCACCUGGGAACUGGCGCGGCACUCAAUUGGCGAGGAACUGCUAGUCUAUCCAGCUUUUGAAAAGCAUCUCCACUUAGAUGGGAAGAAGAAAGCAGAUAGAGAUAGGCAGGAGCAUCAAGUGGUCAAAGAGCAGCUCAAACAGUUCCAGAACAUGGAACCCACCGAGCCAAAUUUCAUUCCCACGAUCAAAUCACUGAUGAGCAAUUUGAGCGAACAUAUCAAGGAGGAAGAGGCUGAAGACCUCCCUGCUCUGGAAGAGGCUCUGUCGACUGAAGAGAGCGACGAGCUUGAGAAGUCAUUUGGACGGACCAAAAUGUUUGUGCCCACCCGCUCGCAUCCUUCGGCGCCAGAUAAGCCACCAUUCGAGACGGCCAUUGGCCUUAUGACGGCUCCAAUUGAUAUGAUCGGGGAUAUGUUUAGAAAAUUCCCCAAAUAAAGUCUUUAUCGCACAUUCAUGGACAUGGACUAGCAGAAGACUUUGGGGGUUGUCCAUGCUGUAUGAUGAUGCUGUUGUACAUAAAUUGCAUGCGCUUGUUAGUUAUGAAGGUUCAGUUUCUUC